GCCCGCUCUCCCUUCUCCCCCCUUCUUGCCCUCCCCCCCUGCCGCAAUCCGCCCCGCCCGAGAGUCCCAGUGCGUCGAGCUGAAAAGCUUUAGGUAGCGAGCCCCCCUUCCUCUCCUCUUUGGACUCCUGGGGUGGCACCUGCGCACACAGGUUCGGCCUAGUGGUCCUGAAGCCGGCAGGAAGGAAAACUGGUUCUCCAAAGCUAAAGAGACUAUGGUGGAAAAUUCACCGUCGCCAUUGCCAGAAAGAGCGAUCUAUGGCUUCGUUCUUUUCUUAAGCUCCCAGUGUGGUUUCAUACUCUAUCUUGUGUGGGCAUUUAUUCCUGAGACUUGGUUAAACUCCAUAGGCCUAACAUAUUGGCCUCAAAAGUACUGGGCAGUUGCUUUGCCAAUCUACCUCCUUAUUACUUUAGUAAUUACUUACAUAUUGAUAUUUGGAAUUAACAUGGUGAAUACUUCUCCACUGGACUCUAUUCAUACAGUCACAGAUAACUAUGCCAAAAAUCAGCCACAGAAAAAAUCUCAAGAAAAAGCUGUUCCUGCCUUAAAGGACAUACCUAUUAGUGAAGUAAACCAAAUGUUCUUUAUUGGUGCCAGAGGACUUUACACUAAAAGCUGACUUAUACAGAGAACAUCUGUCCCAAACAUUCAUUUAAGAAUUUUUUGAAUAGGACUAUUUUGACUACUGUCCUUCUGUUUCCCUCAUAUACUUUAUAUUAAUUGAAAAGGAUAAAAGAUCCCAGUUGAAUAGAUGGAAAUCUAGCCUUGGAGCCAGAAAAACUUUGGUUCAAGUCUCAUUUCUGAGAUACUAAUUGCCACAACCCUGGGCAAAUGACUUUUUACUUCUCAGUGCUCUAACUCUCUAAAACUGUCACAGAGAAGGUGCAAAUGGAGUUUCUUCUUCUGGGGGUUCCCUAUAUCAAUUUAAUAAUGGGUCCUGUACUUAUUCCUAUCAGCUUUUUCUGGGAAGGUAUUCCAAAUAUUGGUUGAUGAAAUGGAAGAAAUAAAAUACUAUGUGUCAUAUGUACUAA